AUGCCACACAAAAGUUACAAAGAAGAUGGUGGUUGGCGAUUCCGUUCACAAAAUGGACCGAAUGCAUUAACCGAUGAAAGAUGGCAGAAGUGUAUGGAUGAGUUACAAUAUCUUGAAGUAGAUUGGCAGAUCUCCCCAGGGAGAGACUAUAAGACUUUAAACGAUGGCUGGUCGACGGUUACGCCUCCAUGGCAUUGUGCUAGAGGUGGUGAGGAAGAUGAUGAUGAUGAUAAUCCUCAGGGUAAAAUUAAUUUAUCCAUACACUUAAUUGACCCGGUUCUGAAGACCGACCACUUCUAGGAGUCAGAGAGGCUUACUCAACAAUUUUACGUAGCAAUGACCGUUAGUUUUCCAUGUCACCAUUGGAGAGGUGUUCAACUGAUAUUUUAGCUCAUACAUGAGACAAUAGUUCGUUAUUCUCCUGAAUGGUUCCAGGGCUCAAAAAGCUAACAUACAUUUGAAGCACGUCAUCUGUGGACUUACUCAAAAUUCUAGGAGUGAUAUUCGUAAUUUUAAAGGGGCACCAGAACCAGUAAUUGGCCAACUUUCUUACAACUUUCACAACUUGCUAAUGAACCUUGACUAGUUCUUUGAGGAUGAAGAGAUUGCGGAAACGGGUUGGUCGUGGGAAAACGUUGUAAGAAUAUAUAAGAAGCCAUUACGCGAUUCCAAGUAAUGGCCCACUGACACUUCCAUUGCAGUAUUUCGGUGGAAUUAUGGGUAAUCUGGCUAGCCUCUCUUAUCAAAAUGCGGGGCGUAAAUCAGAAGAGUACAGAACAGAUAUACCUUUUCUUGGUACGAUUUUGGUAUCUUAUCCAAAUUUCUCAAGGUACGACUCAGGCAGCGAACUGCCUCGACUGAAAACUCAAAAAUUCGGAAAGGGAGCAAAGAUGACCUUUUUUCCUGUCGCGACUGUAUAUAUGGAGAAUAUUCAGUAGGAGGCAUUCUGGACCCAUGUUACUAAACUUGGACGAGAUGCUUUGAAAAUCCCAAAAAUAUACGGAUUGCAAGACGAGAAGGAGAGUGAUCUGAGACUCAUCCGAGGGGAGGAUUGUGUACGUGAGAUAGGAGUAAGUGGCACUUGACCAUGAUUCCAAAGCACUUCUAGAAGUGUUGAGAAUUCCUAUCGCGAAGUAGCUAAACAAAGAUUAUUCUAUCUAGGAUCGAGAUCCUGCCUCAUUCGAAUUUCCACCACCACCCCUCUUCAAUGACGAAGUGGAGAAAUGGAAAUUCGACCAAUCUCAAUUAGUCAAGAAAUACUCUAUUACAACAGCACUUCGCGAACAAAGGAGAACAAGACGCGAAACAGGGGAAAACCAAAAGUCCCUCGAGAAAGCAAUUUCUGCAUAUAGGCUAGGAUACCUAAAUGUAGCCAAAGACUUAUUGGACGAGAUACGGGAAUUCACACUCGCAUUAGAUUUUCCAGUCUUGCUACUCUAUAGCCUGCUACCAGACACUUUCAUAAGCGAAUCACGAGACGUUGUCAAAUUGAGGUUUCAAGAGAUAAAUGAGAAGUAUGAGCGGGGAAUACCCGACUACUCUCCGAGAGUUAUGGAGAAUCUUUAUUCGUUGGUUGCGAGUAUUCUGAUUGUAUACGGUGUUAUGAAAUCCGAGGAUAUGAAAGCAGCGGACUUUAGAGCGAGAGUGAAGAGAAGUAUAACUGCUCUUGUGUUUCCUUACCAGGGGUCAAAGACUGGAUCUCAAUCAAGUUCGGGAGCACGUGGGGAAAAAAGACAGGGUGACAAUGUUGAUUCUGGCAAACAACCGCCUACUAAAUCGCGGAGGGGAGAUGACGGGACUAGAAUUGACAGGAGCUCAGAAAGUCUAAGGAAAUCAUCCACUUGA